AUGGAAAAUUCAACCGGGAAUGAGUCAGCAACCUUAAAUGAUCGGAUGUCUGCAGUGGAGUCUAAAAUGGCUGAAAUAAGUGACAUGAUGAAAUUGCUAACAGAGGCUCUAAAAGGACGGAGUGAUGAUAACCCACCACGAAAUACCGUAGCAGAUGAGAACGCGGUUAAUAGAACAAUUGAGCCAAACAGAGGAUCAGAUCCUAAAGUACCCACGCCAGAGAAACAAGAUUCUGGGAUAGGGGCCUUUAACAUACCGGAUGGUCCUGGGGAAGAUCAUGCCUACAUGUUCCAAAUCCCACAAGUGCUACAUAAAGAGAAGGAGUUGAAAGAAGAACUUGGAGAGAUGAAAGAUCAAUUGAAGGCUCUUCAAGGAUCAAACACGUGGGGUUCCUUAGACUUGAAAGAAUUAUGUUUGACCCCAGAAAUCGAUAUGUCCAUAUGGUCACAAGAUGAGAAGUUUCUGAUAAACUUCUUUCCCGAAAGCUUAACUGGAGCCGCAUUGACUUGGUACAUGCAACUAGACCAAACCAAGAUUAAAAGAUGGAAAGACCUUGUGGAUGUUUUCAUGAGACAAUACAAGUUCAAUCUUGAUACUGCUCCGACCAGAGAACAAUUGAAAGCAAUGACCAAGAAAUCAUUAGAGUCAUUCAAAGAAUAUGCUCAAAGAUGGAGAAUAGUGGCUUCGCAAGUGCAACCUCCAAUGGUUAAUUCCGAACUUUGCUCGUACUUCAUCCGUGCGUUGCCUAAGCCAUUUUACCAACACAUGAUAGGAACACAUGUCACUGAUUUUGCUGAUUUAAUGGUAAUUGGGGAAAGGAUUGACAUAGACAUACGAGAAGGGAAGAUAGCCACUUCUCAAGCUGAAAGUAGUUCACGAAAGAACUAUGACCAAAAAAAGAAAGAAGGGAAUGUGAACUAUAUUCAACCUAUAAGACAAGCAGCUACCAAUUCUCAAGUCCCUUAUCAAGUAGAGGGAAGGAAUCAAAGACAGCAACAAUUUGGGUUCAGGCCUAACAAGCAUGGACAGGAUGGAGAGAGGAGAAAUGUCCAAUCCAGGGAUAGUCGCCCAUGGCCCAAUUUUGGAUUAACAAAUGCUGAAUUGUACCAUAAACUUUUGACAGCCCAAUUAUUAGGUCCGCGACCUUAUAAGCCUCUUGGUCCGCCUUACCCGGCAUGGUAUAAUCCAAAUGUUGUUUGUGAAUACCACAUGGGUGCACCUGGGCACUCAAUAGAAGACUGUGUGACGUUUAAAAGAAAUGUGCUAGACCUAGUUGAUUCUAACCAUAUCCAGCUUAAAGAAGAGGGAAGCUCUACCCUUACUACUGAUCCACUCCCAAAUCACGAAAAACGAGUCAACGCUAUUGAAGAAGAAGAUGCGUGCUUCAAAAGCUCCGCAAGAAUCAGGAUGCCUAUGAAUGAGCUUUAUGCUCAUUUAAAGGAGUAUGGCUAUAUGCGAGAAAUGCUCCUCACGAAUAAUAUCAGUGAUCAAAUGCCUGGAUACUGUGAAUAUCAUCAAGAGAAAAUAGGCCAUGACAUAGAAAGUUGUGAACAGUUUAAAGGAGCUGUUAGAAAAAUGAUGGCGUUAGGGAUCGUGUCUGUAAAGAGGGGAGACGCCAAAGCAGUCUCUUUUGUGAUAAACAAAGCCUCUGCAGAUCUUGUACCUCACGUAAGACAACCAACAUUGACCAUAAGCACGCCUCAUCCCUUUCCCUAUGAAAGUGAUCGAGCAGUCCCGUGGAAAUAUCAAAGCAUUGUGGAGAACCACAAAAACCCAACGUUGAUUGCCGGGACAAGCAAUGAAAUGGCCAACCAAGGGGGUGUUACUCGAAGUGGAAAACCAUACUUACCAUCUUACAUUAGGAAAAUGGUAAAAGAGAAAAAUGCAAGUAUUAAUAGGCCAAAGGAAGACAAUCCUAAAGAAAUGGAAAAAUUAGAAGAUGAGUUUUUAUCGAUUAUGAAGCAAAGUGAUUACAGCAUUGUGGACCAAUUGAAGAAAACUCCAGCGCGUAUCUCCAUACUUUCUUUGAUUUUAAGUUCCGAAGCGCAUCGUCAAGCAUUGCAGGAAGUGUUGAAUCAAGCUUUUGUGCAGCCUAAUAUAACCCCUGAGAAGGUGGCAAGUGUAAUGAAUGUUGUAAAAGCCUCCUCUACCAUUUCCUUUUCGGAAGAGGAAGUUACAGAAACCGCUGUUCACCAAGCCAAGGCUUUGCACAUCACUUUGAAAUGUGAAGGGUUCAUAAUCGCAAGAGUAUUAAUUGAUGGAGGAUCAGCGUUAAAUGUCUUGCCGCUCUCCACAUUUGAAUCAUUAUCACUAGAAGCUUCAGGUGUACAUAAAAGUAAUAUUGUGGUAAAGCAGAUUCGAUGGAUCAAGACGGGAAGUAUUAGGAUCAUUUGUCUCUCCCUGGAAUAG